AUCUGAGUUAUUUCCCCUCUAUCCUUAUUUUGUUCUUAUCUCCUACGUUUCGUUAUUCACAUUCCAUCUCUUCCACAAACACAAAAUUCUACAUGGUAUCAGAGCAUUAAGGUCCAAGACCUCUCUGUUAUAAAUUUGUUUUUCUUCCGCUGCAUAAACCGAGCAAAUUCCCUCUUAUCUUUGGUUGAUAGAAAGAGGAGCCUGUUCGUGUAUUCAAUUCUAUUUCUACCUUCUUUGGCCAUUCUUUCAAGCCAACGGGAGUCAUAUUUUUCAAGUUUUUCGUUGGCCUCUCACGAUUAACCAUUUUUCUAAGUUCAUUUCGGUUCUUAUAUCCAAAACCGAGUGAACCGUUUUUGUUUUGUCACCUCCACAGAAUUCUCAUUCUUUUGAACAGUUUCAAUCCACUAAACUUAUAUGUGGAAUUCUUGGGAUGUGAAUUAUGGUCCUUUAGAAGACGAGGAAGGAAAUCAUUGCACAUAUUGUGUAGAUGAACAUGGUAAUGUCGAAGAGUAUUGGUCUUCCAAAGAAUCCAUUGAAGCAUGGCAAAAACUAUCCAUAGAGGAGAUAGCAGCCACAUGUGUGGAUGAAGACCCCUUUUUCGAGCAAAAAGAUGAGAAGGAAUGUGUUGUGGACGACAACGUCUUUGAUCAUCUCCCAUCGGAUAUCAAGGAGGCUUUACUCUCAACGAUCAAAGACUGCAACAUACGGAAGAGAGCACAAUAGAGCUGAUCGUAAAGGAAAAGGCGACUGGAAACAAAGUGGAAGGAGGACACAAGCAAGAAACCUCAUUGGAGAGCCACAAAGAGGACACAACGUCCCAAGAGAAUCAACCAUAUGAGGAGACUAUGCCUUCUCCUAUCCAUGACACACAUAUUCGGUUGAAUCCUAAUCCUUUAUCCCUUACAAUAAAAUCUAAUGAUAUUGUGUUUGCAAGGGCAAACACACAUUACAUUUCGGGGCCAUUGAAGGUGGUUGACAUCAAAGAGGAGGAACAUGAGUACGAACACAUGGAUGUUGUAUUGGCAAACUCCAAAGAGGAGGCAAUGAACCUCAAUAACGAGGACCCAAACACAUCUGAGAUAAAGCUCUUUCCAUCUCCUCAACAAAAUCUGGGAAUCCAAUUCAUAAGCACUAGAGUUUGUAAUCUUUUCUCUUAUCCUUUCAUUUUCUCUUAUCCUAUACAGUUUGAUUUCUUUUAUGAAGAUAACGUUUGUGGGUUGCUAAGUGUUCUUACACAGCCUUUACAUGAGGAUCUAUUCACGCUUUCCAAACACGAGUCAGGGGGAAUGUCAUUGUACCCUCUUGUGCUUUUCAACCUUAAAGAUUGCAUCAACUGGACAAACAACAAAGAAAAGACUCAAGAACACAAAUCAAAUCCGGUCCAUUUCUACCUCUUCAUCUCUUUCGUUUUAUUCUCACGAUGUUUUGUUUGCAAGAGAGGACACAAAUCAAAUAUCGGUGGCAUUGGAAGCGGAUGAUACAAAAUAAGGGAACAAGGAAAACACAUAUUUGGUUGAAUUAGAAGACCUCAAUGAGAAGGCAAAGACCCUUGAUGUGGCACCAAAAACAUCCGAGAUGCAGUUGUUUCUAUCCCCUCAAAGAAAUCCAAGCACCACAAUCAUAUGGUUAAUCACUAGAGUUUGUGAUCUUUUCUCAUGUCCUAUGAAACUUGAUACAUUUUUUCAAGAUAACAUUUGUGGGUCUUUAAGUAUUACUCAACAGUCCUUAAAUGAGGAAUUGUUCAAACUUUUCAAGCACACGAGCGAGGGGGAACGUGAUGGUACUCUCGUAUGCUUUCUAAGCAAAAGAAAUGCAAGAAAUGGAGAAACAUCAAAGAAAGAAACCAAAAACAGAAAUCUGUGCAAAAUGGAGUAUGAAUUGCCUAUGAGUUUCAACAACUCUAGGCUUGGUAAAUUUUCAUCUCAUUACUUUGUAUUUGAUCCUGGUGCAUCUUAUAAUAAGCAUAUGUGUUUUGAUGGAAAACAAAACAUCAUCAUUACUAACAUGUUUGAUUAUGCAUUUGAUACAUGUAAAAAGAAAGAUAUCAUGUUUAAUGCAUCUAAUGUGCAUUUCAAUCAUAUGUUCUUCGAAGAAAACCAUCAACUAAAGCUGUAUGCAUGCCUAUUAUCAAAUCUGAAGUUUAAACUUAUUAGGACACUUUUUCUAUUGUUAUUUGAUGAUAAUCACAUUUUUACAUCAUUACAUCUGAUUUCUCUUAUUAAGCGGGGUGAUAUGGCCUCCCUUGUGGUUUCUAACGAUUUUAAUGAGUUAUUACAGAAAAUCAAACAGAACGGACAAAAUGGAAGAUUGAAACCGAUGGAAUCGCAAAGGAAUGAGCCUGGACGCUUGAAGACUGAGAAAUACAUUCUCUUGGCAAGAUUAAUCUUUCGAAAAUUCUCCACGUUAAUCUUGAGGGGGAAUGUUGAAGAGCAAAAGAGUAACAAGCAUGACACGAGAAGACUUGAGGAGCAAGGAAGCAUGGAAACAACAAAGGAAGAAUUGAUGUUGCUGCAGGUGGAAAACCAUGUCAUUGGAGGAAUUAAUAUGCUUAGCAUAUACCAAGGACGAAAUUCAUGCUUUGGUGGUGCAUUAUUCUGUUGGUUGUAAUGCUCUAGGAUGAUCCAUCAUAUGACAUUUUACUUUGUAUUGAUUCAUUGAUUUAUGAAUG